GCAGAGUCUGUCUAUUGAAGGCUUCAGCUGUCCGCUUAUCCUGAACACACACUUUAGCCAGAAGGUCUCCUCUGCUUCCAAGCCAGAUAAUAGUUCCUCAACAAAGAUUUGGCUCUCUGCUGAGAGACAUGCCCCUUAUUUUUUGGGGAAAAUAUUUGGACUACUGGAUGAAUGCAAGCCCAAAGAUGAAAGCAAUGCAACGCAGCUUGAAGGAUCGAAUGUUCUCUGCAGUUUUAGGACAAGACACUGUCUCUCUCUUCUGGAGGCCAUUGAAGGACUUGGCCAGGCUGGCCAUGUGGAUCAGGAUGUGGAUGUGGUUGUCCAAAGAGUUUACUCCAUCCCUAUGGCAGAUUGUUCUCCUCUGUCCUUUCGCAAGCACAAAGCCUCCCUUCGGUCCUCCACUGCUCCUCCUCCAGCAGAGAAAGGAAAAACCAGGUUAUGUGUGCUCAUCCAGGAUAGCUUUGGGAUUUUUAGCGUGCUCCAGCUCCAUCCUCUUUCCAACAGCGACGAGCUCCACCAGUACUGCCAGAUGUGGCAGGGCAGAGCCUGUGUGCUGAGGGGCAUAAAAGUGGUGCAGCGGGUCACUCGAGAACGGCACACCAGGCUUUUCAGCUUGAUAGACAGUCUCUGGCCCCCAGCGACGUCUCUAAAAGAUCAUGGAAUCUCACUUAGUAUGCCAAAUGAAAUCAGAUCUCAAGGUCCACCUCCAAGUUUCUGCUACCUACUGUCGGGUCAGCAGAGUUCAGUUGAGGUCACUCAAGGGCAAACGAGUUCACCACUGUACCUUCAACCCAGACAGCAGACCCUACGAGAUAUACUGCAGAGCAAGACACAAUCCUGUAGCUGCAGUUUUAUUGCCACGGUUUUAUAUAAGAGAAUGCAGAGCAGCGAUGUAGGCCAGAGGGAGGUGUGGUUGGUGCUGACAGACCCCAGUCUUCAGGAGGAGCAGUCGGAGAGACCGUGCAGGCGAACAGUGGCUCUGUGUGUGAGCACUUCCUGUGUGCUCACUUCCUCUGUCCUCGAAGCACUGAAUUCCCCUGCUGUCUGUAACAUGUCGUUCAGAGAUGCCAUCAAAGAACAUGGUGUGCUCCUCUGUGCGGAGCAGUCUGUCAUUGAGGUAAAACAAGAGAGCAGUAUAGGGACCACUACAAGGCGAGACCUGCUCUCCCAGUGCCUCGCUGAACCCCAGGUGAAGACCCUGCCCCAGCCUCAUAGACUGGAUUCCUUGAGCAUGGAGACCACACCCAACUCCCUCUGCACUCUCACAGGGGUUAUUGUUGGUGUAGAUGAAAAUACAGCUUACUCCUGGCCAGUUUGCAGUCUCUGUGGAAGUGACAAUUUGGAGUUGUCAGCGGGAACACCUCAAACAUUUUACUGUAUCUCCUGUAAAUUGAUGUUGGACAAGCCAGAAACGAAGGUUCAGCUGGAGGUCUUCCUCAGCUCCUCCUCACUGAGCAACUGCACCUUAAAGGUUAAGUUGCAGCAAAAGACCAUCAUGUCCAUCCUGAACACGCCCACAUUAGAAAGCAAUGAGCUCCAAGGGUACGAUGUGGAGAGCGUCUUAGGAAAAGAGGUGGGUCCUAUCCCCGUUUAUGUCAGAGUUGUCACCAGGAAGCCUGCCCUCUGGAUGGGCCUGGAAGAGGUCUGCCUCGGCUGCUGAUAGCAAUCCUCAGACUUUGGCUGGCUCCAGCAAUCUGCACACUGGGCCUUGGUCUGAGCCAGUUUAUCCUCCACUCCCCCUUCCGAAGGCCUCCUCUGACAGCUUGAGGCUGUUCUGAAAAGAAGGGGGCCACUAAAAGACAAGGUCUUGUUUGUGUUAAUGAUAUGUGAUCCUGUGCAGCAGGAGUUGACAGCCUAGGGGUAGACCAGUGGCAUGCGGGCUGUCAAACCAGCCCAUGUGGAUCAUUAACUGUGCAGAGCCUGAAUUUGGACUUAAACUUUCAAACAACCUAUGUAUU